UAGUUCCACCAUAGCUGCUGGCUGCUAGUAGAUGGCAGUACAAUGACGAAUGUAGUUACCGACAUUGGUCUGACUGUGGUGGCCACUGUGCCUAGAGCACAGAUUUGACGGAUUACAGGUUAAUAGGUAAUCCGUGCUUCUGUAGCAGCCGAUGAAGUCACGUAGAAAUGACACUUGCGAUCAAGAACGUAUUUGAAUGAGAAUGGGGCAGAACUCUAGUGUUCCUACUGGUGUCCGAAGGGGAAGACGAAAAUCAUUUCGGGAGUCAUGGAGAUCGCCGUUUCCACGAAGAUCACAAACACAUCAAGGCUCUCUAAGUGCUACUUUCAAUUUUAUUGAUGUGGAUUUAAAGGUGGAUCAGUUGAAUGUUAACACAGCCAGUGAAGAAGAGUUAAUGACACUUCCAGGAAUUACCCGAAACAUUGCACAGAAUAUUGUUGAGUACCGUCAAGCUAUUGGAAGGUUUAAGAAAGUUGAGGAUUUGGCGCUUGUGUCAGGCAUUGGUGCUGUUAAACUAGAUCUUAUUAGACCAGAGAUAUGUGUCAGCCGUCGUAAAAAUGUCAGCUGUGCUUCUUCAAGAGCCCAGUCAUUAGACAGUUUACCAAGUACAGAAUCAAAUAACUAUGGCCGUAUUUAUCUUAAAGGCUCUCCACAUUCACAGAGUAGAACAGUAAAUAUAAAUACAGCAAAUGUCUUUGAAUUGAUGGUAGUGCCUGGAUUUAAUCAGGAGUUGGCAGCAAAUGUGGUCGACUACCGUGAAAGAAAGGGUCUAUUUCUUAAGGUAGAAGACUUGAUUAAGGUGAAAGGGAUGAACCAGUGGCGUCUGGGAACUUUGCGUCCUUAUUUAAUGGUAGAUUUUCCUCCUGAUGGUGCUCCAACUGGUAGCCUCAGUAAUGGUACUGUGAUAUCUACAGCAUCCCAAAAUUUAGCUCAAUCUGUUAUGAAUGGAAAAUUAUCUGGUGCCAGGAAAACACCUUCAUUCCCACUGAAAAGCAUGUCAGCUAAUGGUUUCUUACCAGGAAAAGACAUUUUUGAGCUCUUGUCAGCAUACUCUCAGCGUCCUAUUUUAGAGGACGAUUUUCUUGGAGAACGUAAUGGAAAAGCAGCUUUACGUAUUGCAACAUGGAAUCUACAUGACUUCACAUUAGAGAAAGUAGAAAAUCCGGGAGUUAAGGAAAUUGUAUGUCGAACAAUUCUUGAAAACAGCUUUUCUGUCAUUGCUGUCCAAGAAAUUGUAGAUGCUGCAUCUCUAAAACAGAUUUGUGAUGAAUUAAAUUUUCCAACACUGCGUCGAGUGAUAGACUGGAAAGACAAUGAAAGGGCGUGGAAGUUUGCAUUGCCACAAAAUUGUAAUGCAGAGUACAAGGGGUCUCUUGGUCUUGGCUUUUUGUAUGACUCCAGUUAUCAAGUGGAGUUAACUGCAAUGAAGGAACUUUGUGUGACAGGACCAGUGGACAGUAUUACACCAAAAGUUGAAGCAGUUCUUGCAACAUUUCAGGUGGAAGAUUUAAGAAUAUCACUGUUAAAUAUGUACAUACAGAAAAGUGAUAUUUACAGCCUGGAGAACAUACUUCAAGGCCAUGUGAAGCAGACAGAUAUGCUUAUAAUUCUUGGUGACUUCACUGGACUGUCACAAAACAAAGGAGAAAAUGAGAUAUCCAGGUUGCAGUAUAAAAGUGUCAUUCCAAUGUCUUCAAAUUCCCACAGCUGUAGCAGUGCUGCUCAGGAGUACCAUUACUCAGAUAACAUAUUCCUCAACUCAGAAACACAGUUGCAGUUUACAGGCGUGAGUGGCAUGGUUCGACAAGGUUUGAAUCACCUUGCUAUUCCUCGAGGCUGGAUGUGGGGGGGUCCAGCAAGCGAGCACUGUCCAGUGUGGUGUGAACUGUACACAGAACCAGUCCUAGCAGAGAAAGUUCUUCCAAAUGGAACACAUUAUUCAGAGUGAUAGUCUGCUAUGAAAUGAUGUUUGUUGGUUCUAGUGCAUUGCAUCCAGCUUCAAGCUAAGUAAGAAUGGACUGAUUGUUUGAAAUUGUAUAUUUCAGCAAGAAAAUUGACUUUAGGAUUCUUCCUUUGAAGCUGUGCAAAACACGUAUGUUGUACGUGAAACCUCGUUGUUAUUUAUGUGAUGAAGAAACUUCAUGCUGAUAGUAGAAAAUGAAUCAGUAGGAACAUUUUGCUGAAGAUUUUUCCAUGAAGUGUAAAUGAAAAAAUCAUUGGAAAUUCUCAGGUUAAUAGUAAUUGUUCGUUUGUUUUGAAACUUCCAGGAAUAUAUUUUGUCAGAUAUACCUAUUGCUUAAGAUUCAAGCAAUUACACAGUGUUUUACUGAAAAAAAACUGAUGAACUGAAUUAAAUGGAAUAGAAUUUUCCAGUCUGAAUUCUUUUAUCAAUUAAAUACUGUACUUAAUGCACUAGAACAAUGAACAUUGAAAAUAUUUAAUUUUAAGCUGAAGUGUAAAGUGUUGAAUUUAUAAUUGUAUGGGAGGUGAUUAGAAAUUAUGACUUUGCAAACAGUAGGGUAAGAUGAAACAAGAGGUUCCACAGAAACUUUGAAACUUCAGCAUUUUUUAUGUUUACUCAUGGAACAUAUACCCCUAUGCAGUUACAGGAAGUGUCACAAAACUAAAUUAUUACACAUAUCAAUAAUGACAGUUUUUGUUAUAGGUAGUAGAAAGUUCUGUUAGUUGUAAAUUUUAUAUUAUAUGUUUUUGGCAGUAUAUUUGUAUAAAAUGGGAAACAAUCCCAUUUCUUUUGAUAAUGGUUCGUUUCAAGUUUGUUGCAUGUUCAUGUAUAUAUAAACAAAUAUAAUGAGAAUUUUCGUUGUACUUGUAAAGGGAAGUAAGAGUAUGAUAACAGUAACUAACCGAGAAAAAUUAGAGUAGGAAGUGAAACUGGCAUUUUGUUUUUAUUUUGAGGUUUUCCAAUACUGCUACAAGUUAGAGAAGUGUCUGUUUUCAUGUUAAAUUCUGUUAAACAUUGUAUUCUCUGUUUUUCAGGUUUACUUAUGCAUCUUUUGGUUUAAUCUAGUAAAGAACAUAUUUAUGUUUUAAUUUACUGAACAUAGGCAUGUAAUUAUUAAAAUUUGGAAUAAUGUUAUAUAUUUUGAGCAUAAUUGCAACAAAUGUCACUCUCACUAACUGGACAGAGAUACUAAAAUGAAAAUGCAUUAUCAUACCUCAGUUGGUUGCUUGAUGUGUAUAGAUUUCAUCUUUGGUCAUCCUCUACAGCAGAGUCAUCAAUCACAUAUUGUCUGUCUUCUGUGUUAUAACUUUAAUAUUGUUGUGCCAACACAAUAGAACAGAUUUAUAAAUACCAAUUCAUUUUCAGAAAGUGAAAACUACUGAGGUUUAACUACAAAUUUGUAAGAUGUAAAUAAAUUUUUAACAAUAAUUAGUCAUUACUGUUUCCAGUUCUUCAUUCUCAAGUCGUCCUUCCAGUUGAUGAUACAUGAGUAUAUAAUAAAUAAAGUGUUGUUGAAAAUGCUAGUAAUCUUAGUUGUUACAAGAAAAUAUCAGUUUCUCUUUCUUUAUACUUUUUUUUUACAUUUGCUAACAACUUAAAAGUUUAGAAAAAUGUUCCUAUUAGCUCCAAUCAGACAAAAAUUUUGGGCACUUUACAUAGAGACCUACAUAUGUUUUUGUGUGUAGAAGUGAUUGGGUGGGGGAAUCCCUAGCUAGCCACAUGGGGGAAUGAUAAUAACUUACUGAGGUUUUUUGCUGGCUGCCUUUUUGUUUAAUGCAGUUUGAAUACCCACCAAAAGCCCAGCAUAUGGGUCUCUAGUAAGUUAAAGGUUUCACAGAUCUUACACUUGUUAUUUUUGUCUGCUGUAUCUGUAAUUCAUAUAUCAGUUUGUAAUGCAGACAGUAUGAUAACUGUAUGAGAGACGGAAUGUACAGAAUUUAUAUACAGUUUAAAAUAUCCUAAAAGUAUUUUGUGCCAUGACAAUAAUGUUUAUUUGAUCCAUCACUGUGGUUUUGUUGCAACAUACAGUAUAAGGCAUGUUACUCUAUGGUUGUAAAAUGUUACAGUGUAGGUAAGAGAGGGGUGAAGAUCAUUUGCUAACAAGAAAUACUGAAGUUUGUUGAAUAUUGUUACUUUAAUUUAUAUUGUGAGUUGGUUUCUAAUUUCUGAGGGUGUUGAGAACAAGGUGCUUAGGAGAAUACUUGAACGUAUAAGGAAGAAGGGACAGGAGUGUAAAGAAUAUUGUAUAAUGAGGAACUCCACAACUUGUACUUUUUGCCAAAUGUCAUCAGGAAAAUGAGAUGGGUAGGGCAUGUAGAGCAUGUGGGAAAGAUGAGAAAUGCCCACAAAAUAUUGUUUGGGGAGACUGGAAGGAAGAGGUUACUUGGAGGACCUGGGUAUAAAUGGGAUGUUAUCACACUGUUAGGCUGUCAAGAAGGCCUUUGCUGUUUGGAAUCAUGUAAUUUAGUUAUGCUUUAUCUGUAUGUUCACAAUUAUAUUGUAUCAUUGAUCUUUUUGUUAGUAAGUAGUCUUUCCCUGUGUGUAAUACACAUAUGAAUACAGUGAAGCAUCUUUGUUACUAUUUUAAUUGUCAUUAUGACCUGUUACAGGGUCUCCCUGUGCGGGCUGUAAUACAGUGCUGAUGGUUCAUCACUUUUCAUGAUAUUAAGCUUUGAGUAUUAUCCUGAUUUUGAUUCAAAAUUAAUCUUUCAAUUUUCUUUUGGAUUAUGUAAAUCACGUCCUUCUGUUUGUGAAUAUUUAUACAUAAUGUAUGAUCUUCAUUAUGCCCAUAGGAAUCUUUAACACUAAUUACUUUCACAAUCGUGUUUGUUGGAACAUUUACAAUGAGAAUGGUAAUAAAUGAUACAAUAAGCUAAAAACUAAAUCAGAAAUUUUAAAAUGUACAGUAACCUUAGACCUUGCUAUGGGCAGAGCUGAAAUCACAAAUGUAUGUAUCUUAGAAGAUAAAAUGUUAUAUUGAUGAAGUUGUUUCACAUUGUUUAUAUUUUUAAUACUUUAUAAUGAAUUUUGUUUGGUAUUUUGUUAUAGUUAAGUAUGCACUCUUCAGAAUAAUUAAAUUAAGGACUUUGGGCAAUAACCUGCUGUACCACAUUUUAUAUUUUAAUGACACAUUGGUAAAAUACAGAGCAGUUUAUUUCUUUUUCAACCUAAUUACUGCUUUUUAGUAGAAUGAGGUGCAUACUGUUAGGCAGUUUCUUUCAUAAAACUACAAGAUACUGCAUUGAGUAAGUGAAGUAUCUAUCAACACCCAAAAAUAAUUUUCAGUAAAAUCCCUUUCUUUACCUGUUGUCAGCAGUACCUACUAUAAAUGGUAUCCUCCAACAUUCAGGCACAAUUUGUAUUGACAUCACAAAUUCUGUGAUAUAUUUAAGUUCACCUUCCAUUAUUUUUAGAAUUACAGUCUAAACUUUGAUCUGUAAAACCUCCAGAAUGUGUUUAUUAUUUUUGGUCACUGUCUUUACAAGUUUCUCUGGAGAUAAUCAUUAACAUUGAGAUCCAUGAAACAUGAUGGUCAGUCUUCACGUAGAUUUGUUCAUCAAAAUCAGUCCAUACUGCUGACAUUGCUUUUUUUGCAAUGUGUGUUGGUGCAUUGCCCUGGUUCAAAUACAUGUGACUAAUUUUGUUCAAGAUGAAAACAUUGUUUAGUACAGUAUUUUGCCAUAGAUGAACAAAGUACUAGUGAAUGUUCACACCUGACUGGUCACAAAAAUAAAUGCUGAACAAUUUAUGGAAAUUAACUGUGUUCUUCUUUAUAGGAUUUGAGAUUCUAAUGGUGGUGAGUACAAAGAUGGCUGUCUUCUGGGUUAUAGUGCCUUGAAGUCUGGUAGAAGUUCACCAAUGUUUCAGAGGUCCUUGUUGUCUCCAUCAUCAGAGCACAUUAUCACAAUGAGUAAACUUCUUGCAGAUUACAUGGUGUGUAACCCAGAAGACAGCUAUAUUUGUGCACUUCUUAUUUUUGGUGGCAGUCUGUGCAUGAUUCAUUACAUGCAUACUGCUUAUUGGCAAAGAAACUGCUUGUGCAAGAUGCUCUACUCUGUAUUUAUAAGAAAAUUAAUGUCACAUUUACAGAUAAAUAGUCUGUGAUAUAAUUAUGAAUAAGUUAUACAUAACUGUUUUAUGUAAAUUAAAUAUUGGAAAUUUUAAUGUGGUAUAAGGCAUGCUAUUUCCCAUAGAUACCAAAGGUAUGUUUCUCUUUAAAUUAUGUCGAGUUAAUUUUAGAAUUUUACUCACAUUUGUUUAUUGUUUUAGUGAUAUGCAUAGUUCCUGGUUUAUAUAUAUAUAUUACUUUUCAUGACGUUUCUUUGCUUAUUGAUUUUUAUAACUCUUAAAUCACACUUUGCAUCACAUUGUCUUUAAAGGACAGAACUCAUACACACAGUAUUUACCUCUAAGAGAAUGCAUCACCAUCACAAAUGUAUAUUAAUAAUCUUAGGUAAGUUCUUACUUGUUACUCUGAGAACUAAAAGAGACCUAAACACAGGCACUGAAUGACACACAGUUAUAAAUAUAAGAACAAGUUGUUUGUGUGUGUGUGUGUGUGUAUAGUUAAGUACUAACAAAAUUUUGUGUACUUUAAAAAGUGUUCAUGACAGACACACACACACACACACACGUACCCCAUAUAUAUGAGCACCAGGAUCUGAACUUUAUGGGUGUCUUGAUUUUAUAUAUUUUAUUACUUCAUUCAAUAUUAUAUCACAUUCAAAUGAUGUAAAACAGAAGAUAUUAUACUAUAUCUGUCACAUGUAGCAUAUUUGCUCAUGUAAUAGCCAUAAGGAAUUGUAAAAAACAUUGGUUUAACAUUUACAUGUACUAUGUGAUUUCUUUCAUAAGCUGUUGGAAAGGAAGCAUUUUUUGAUGUUUUGUGAGGAUGUGCCAUCUUGUCAUUUGUUUCUUUGUAAUGCAAAAUUUUGAUCCUAAAGGUUUUCACUAAUGAAUGGUUGCAUUUCAUAAUUUUGCAUACUUAAGAGCUGGUAUAAGUAGUAACUGUAAUACAGUGCAUUACUAGCUUUUAUGUAAGCAUUACAUUUUUCCAAAAUGUUUAUUAAAGUGCGGGAUAAGCAUGGCUAAUACAAGAGCUUAAUAUAUUACAGUUGUCUUCCAACACCUCAUCUUCAUUCAAAGUAGAGUCCAUAUUUCACGUGUCCAAGGGAACCAGAAUUUCAGUUGCACAGUUAUAAUGCCACAUUUGUAAUAUUUGGAUUGUUAUUUAUAUCAUUACUUUAUGUACAUAUAGUAAAAUCCAUUUAUCAUCUACAUAUAUCAUAAUAUAUUUUGUGCACAUUUUAAAUGAUAUAUUUUUUUCAUUCCUGACAAAUAUAGACCUUUUUAAUUAUGAAGAAUUUUAAAAUUGUAAAUAUUAUGAACAGAAAGCUUAUUUUACCCAACUCUGUUUUAAUAUAGAGUGUGAAUGGUUUAUUUUUAUUUCUUCAGGUGAUGCUAAAGUUGGUAAUGGUGCUUGAGAAUUGGAGCACAAUGGACAAUAAAUGUUAUGUGUGUAUCCAAGGUCCAUUCUUCUUAGAAUUUUCUGACUCAUUCUGAGUUUGCUGUGCCUAUAUUGUGUAUUUAUGUUUCAGUUAGGAAUGGGAUAUGGUACAGAGCUAAUGCAGGUAGAAUGUGAACUUAGUGUUCAUGGAACAUUCCCUGAUAUUCUUGUGUAAAUAUUGCUAGAUAAUCAUUAGGUAUAUGAAAGCAGUACACCUGUAGAUGUUUAGAAAACAGCACAAAGUGGGAGAAUGAAUAACAUACAAAAAUAUUAAAGAAUUACACAUUAUUAUACUUAAUGGGAUGUAUUGUUAUCUUAAGUAUAAAAUUAAUUUUCCACCAAGUAUUUUCAAUGGUUGAGUGUGUGAAGAGAAAAUAUAUCUGUUUGAUUUUCUAAGAUAUAUUUUAGCUAGAAAUGAAAUGAAAAUUGGCUUUCAGCCAAGAAUUUGAAAGGGUUGAUUUUUUAAAGAGAAAAUGUAUGUUUGAUUGUCCAAGAUAUAUUUAGCUACAAACAAACAUUUUUAAACAAAUUAGUUGUUGCUGUAUUUCUGUUCAAAGUAUAUUAGCAGCCAUGUAUACAAUGCAAGAUCAAUUUGCAAGAAUGUACAAAAUUUAAAAAAAUUAGUAACUAUAGUAAACAGUUAUAAUACCUGAAAACUGUGUAUGCAUAUAAUUGCAGCACACCAAUUUUUAAAGAAAAUAAAAGUUUAGUUUACUGUUUUAUACAUUAUUGAACUGCCUAUAACGUAGUAUGAAAAUAAUUAAAUUUAAUGUUGCGUUCUUGAAGUCUUCAUCAUAAUUUUGACGAAGUUAGAAAAACAUUUAAUAACUUAUCAUGGGCUACCACUCUUCCUCUCAUUCUAGUGUCCAUUUGCCUACUUUUGCAUAUAUACAAAUUGAUGUUUCAUAGUCUGGUUGGCUGAAAAUCUAAACUUGUGUCUCUGGUACUGUUUACAUAAACAUCAUGUGUAUAUAUGUUUUGAACCAAGUUUAGUUUUUUAAUUCUUUGCUUUUGCCUUAAAAAUGGUCCCAGUAACUGACAUGCCAGCUGAUCUUUCCUGGUGGAACCACUCUGAAGAGGGCAUUCUCCAAAGUUUGUUUUCUGCAUUCUGCACUCAUUUCCAUUUCAGUGGUCUUCCAUCACAUAAAACUAGUUUAUUUUUCAAAAGCUGUACUCCGUUGAGAAAGUUUGUCCAUAUUGCCCACCUGUUUCACAUUUUGAUGAAACGUCAACUUCACAGUUUUUGCGUUCAAGUCUAAUCUAUUCAAUUUCAUUUCCAUGAUUGAUACUGAACACUUACAUACUUCAGGACAUAAUAACAGAAUCUUUCAAUUCCUUGUUUGAUACAGCAGGCAGACCAGUAUAUUUUAUGAGUGAAAUUAUACUCAGAUGAUAUCAUGUGGUGUACGGUUUUCAUUUGCCAGUGCAGAUUAUCAGACUGAGCUGUAAAUAGCCUUAGAAGUGAAAUUUAAAGUACAUUUUACACAAAAUAUAUGUGGAAAAAAUGAAGACAAGUUAGGAAUCACACAUUGUAGUAAAUUUGUACAGUUUUUGUUACAUAUUACAAUAAGAAAUUGAUGGAGACAUGUGUUUAUCAUAAUGAAGCUCAUUAUAGGACAUGUUUCAUUAUGGUUACAUUGUACUUAUAUUUUUCUUUUCUUUUCAACUCUCCAUUAUUUUAUAGCAAACAGAAAAUGAGUCUGUUUGUAAUAAAAAAUAAUAAACUUUUUUCAAUUCACAUUUAUGAGAUUUGAAAAUUCUUUCUGCACUGUUAUGCAAAUUAUCACAAAGGGAAAUUUUAUACAGUAAGUAUGAUUAUAGAAAAGUAAAUAUUCUUGUCUGAUAGAGAAAGGAAAAGCUAAAUCCAGAUACUUUGUUUCAUUUUAUCGCAGGUGUGUGUUCAUUCACUUCAAUAAACCGUAUCAUAAAGUACUUUUGAAACAAACAUUUUUGUUAUAGAAACUUCGGUCUUGAUUAUUUUCUUACCAUUAGUAGGGUGCUGUUGCAUAGCAGACUGUGUGACAUGAAGCAUUGUGAAGCUUGUUACUAUCGUUGUACAAAGGAGUGUCUACUGACAGAAAAUACAAAAAUGUUUGUUUAUGAAUUAUGUCUUGAAUGGUAAUAAAUGUUCCAUUUCUAGUGCCAAUAUUGAGUACUUCUUAAUUUGGUAAAAGUAAAUAUUGGUUAAAAUAAUAUUACCCACUUGACUUCCAUACUAAUGGCAAGACAUAAAGAAUAAAAAAUAAUAUAUAUUCAUGUCAGUUACAGUGUGUGAUAUCCAUUGUUAACAUAAUUGUAGGAUGUUGAAUAUAAUGAUAUGUUUGAUUAUAAAAAUAUUUUGCUUUAUA